UUUUCAGACUAUAAAGCACACUGUUCCUUUUAUCUGCCUUAACUACUUGGGAUCUAGUCGAUUUGUUGUUCAUUUUAAUGUAACUCAAAUAACUCUCGCUGGUUUCUCCAAAUUUUCAACUACAGCGAUUUGUUACGCAUUAGUAACAAUAAAUAAUGUGUUGCUACGUUUUAAUUGAAACGCUAUGUUGUUUUAGAUAAAUAGUAUAUUAUAUAAAUUUUAUUAGAGUUUAAUGAAAUCAUCCUAAGAUUAAUGUCUACAGCGAUGAAAAACUUUUACGAAUGUCAAUGUCUGUUGUUUGAUAUUUGUUUAUAUUAAAAACUAUAUCAGCACCGUUGGAUUUUGUAAUUAUCUGAAAGCGACGUUAACUGUAAAAUCGAAAGAUCAUCAAAUACAAUCCAUCUUGCAUACAAUAUGUCAAAACCAAUGAUCUUUAUUACUUUUGUUUAUUUUACAGUUUAUUACUUUCAGAAAGAUUGGAAUAUAUGGUGAGAGAGUCGAUUUAAGAUAGAAUUGAGACUAACCUUUUUGGCUCCAUUUCUCAGCGACAAACUUCUCUCGUAUCUCUCUUCUCUCCAUCUUAAAAAUCUCUCUCUCGUAUUUCUUGAAGACAUCCUUCUCUGUAUUUGUUUCUUCACAAUUUUGUUUGUAAAAGAAACCCUAACAAAAUUAAUAAUUUAUAACUUUUUGUUCCACUUAUAUGAGAAUCAGCUGAUCUGGUGUAUUAGAAGAACCCCCUCGAAAUCAGAACUUUUUUUUUUUUUUUUGGUAAAAUGCCUCGAAAUCAGAACUUCUUUUUGCUUUUUGUUGCUUCCCCCAUAGAUUUUCCUAGGAAGUAGCCAAAGAAAAUUUAACGACAAAUUGAAAAUCCUCUUAAUAGCCUCUCCCCUGUUUUUGAUUAUGUUUUAACUAACAUCUUUCAAGUUUAACUUCAACAGACUGAAGAAGGAUUAUUCUCCAACCUGAGAUUCUGGUUUGUUUUAAUAUAUUUCAGGUGAAUUCCAGUCCAUCGACCAUGAUGACUACCUAACCUACGGAAUUGUCAGUUUUGCCCUUAGAUAUCACCCUAAAUGUCGAGAAGACCAGACAACCGACGUGUCAUACUCGCCACCGUGGCCGUAACAAUUCUCCUCUCAAUUUUCCCGCCAAUCACCGAAUCGACCGUUGAGAAGCAAGCUCUGUUUCGCUUCAAAAACCGCCUUAACGACCCUCACAACGUUCUACAAUCUUGGAAACCCUCCGAUUCACCCUGCACGUUUCACGGCGUCAAAUGCGAUCCACUCUCCGGCGAAGUCACUGGUAUCUCUCUAGAGAACUCGAAUCUCUCUGGCUCCAUCUCUCCGGCUAUCUCAUCUCUCACAAAACUCUCUACCUUGUCCCUCCCCGGUAACCUCAUCUCGGGCCCAAUCCCACCGGAGAUACUCAAAUGCACAAACCUCAAAGUCCUUAAUCUCACUUCCAAUCACCUCUCCGGUACCAUCCCUGACUUCUCCCCUCUGAAAAACCUAGAGACCCUCGACGUCUCCGCGAACUUCUUAACCGGAGAGUUUCAGAGCUGGGUGGGGAACCUGACUCUGUUGGUUUCACUCGGUCUCGGAAACAACAACUACGUAGAAGGCGUGAUUCCCAAGAGUAUCGGCGGUUUGAAGAAACUCACUUGGCUCUACUUAGCUAAAUCCAACUUGACCGGACACAUUCCAGACUCCAUCUUUGAUCUGAACGCUCUCGACACUUUCGACAUCGCCAGGAACAGAAUCUCGGGAGAUUUUCCAGCCUCGAUCACAAGGCUGGAAAAUCUCUCCAAGAUCGAGUUAUACGACAACAAGUUAACCGGUGAAAUCCCUCCGGAGAUCGGAAAACUGACUCAUUUACGAGAGCUUGAUGUCUCUUCAAACCAGCUGAGUGGCGCAUUACCUCGAGAACUCGGAAACUUGAAAGAGCUCAGAGUCUUCCACUGCCAUCAAAACAACUUUACCAGCAAGUUCCCUUCUGGUUUCGGAGAAUUACAUUUCCUAACUUCCUUAUCAAUCUACCGGAACAACUUCUCCAGUGAAUUCCCGCCUAACAUCGGCCGGUUUUCGCCGUUGGACACGGUUGAUAUAUCCGAAAACCGGUUUACAGGUCCAUUCCCUCGUUUCUUAUGCCGAAACAAGAAACUACAGUUCUUACUCGCUGUACAGAAUCAAUUCUCCGGGGAGAUUUCGGCAUCCUACGCUGGCUGCAAAUCUCUCUUGAGACUCAGGAUUAACCAGAAUCUUCUUACUGGUCAUGUUCCCGAAGGCUUCUGGGCUCUCCCCCUUGCUAAGAUGAUCGAUCUCAGCGAUAACCGUCUCACCGGAGAGAUCUCUUCUCAGAUAGGACUCUCAGCUGAACUUAGCCAGCUGAUCUUGCAGAACAACAGAUUCUCCGGCAAGAUCCCUCCUGAACUCGGGAAACUGACGAAUAUAGAGAGGAUUUAUCUGAGCAACAACAGUUUUUCUGGCGAGAUUCCGACAGAGCUUGGAUCCUUGAAACAGCUGUCUUCUUUGCAUCUUGAAAACAAUUCGUUGACAGGUUACAUCCCUAACGGAUUGACAAAAUGCGUCAGACUUGUCGAUCUGAAUCUUGCCAAGAACUCUUUGACUGGAGAGAUUCCAAAGAGUUUAUAUCAGAUCGCUUCUUUAAACUCUUUGGACUUCUCAGGCAACUUGUUAACCGGAGAGAUCCCUGCGACUCUAGUGAAGUUGAAGCUGAGUUUCAUAGACUUGUCUGAGAAUCAACUCUCGGGGAGAAUACCACCGGAUCUUUUGGCUGUGGGAGGAUCCACUGCGUUCUCACGCAACGAGAAGCUCUGCGUCGACAACCAAAACGCCAAAACAAGUGAAGAAUCUUCUCUGAGCUUAUGCAGUGGGGACCAGCACGUGCACAAGAAGCGUUCAGUCGAUGGAACGCUCUUGUUCUUGGCUCUUGCUAUUGCCAUGGUGGUGUUGGUGGCUGGUCUGUUCGCGUUGCGUUACAGAGUUGUGAAGAUACGCGAGUUCGACAGAGAAAAUGGGGAUAUCAACAAGGCGGCGGAUGCGAAGUGGAGGAUCGCGUCUUUCCAUCAAAUGGAGCUAGACGCUGAGGAGAUAUGCAGGUUGGAUGAAGGUCACGUGAUUGGAGCUGGAAGCGCGGGAAAAGUGUACCGUGUUGAUUUGAAAAAAGGCGGUGGUGGCACAGUGGCGGUUAAGUGGUUGAGGAGAGGAGGGGAAGAAGAUGGUAACGGAACAGACGUCUCUGUUGCUGAAAUGGAGAUUCUUGGGAAGAUCAGACACAGAAACGUGCUGAAGCUCUACGCUUGUCUUGUCGGAAGAGGUUCUAGAUAUUUAGUGUUUGAGUUCAUGGAGAAUGGGAACUUGUAUCAAGCUCUUCACCAGACUAUUAAAGGUGAAUUGGAUUGGCACAAGAGGUAUAAAAUCGCGGUGGGGGCAGCUAAAGGAAUUGCAUAUUUGCAUCAUGAUUGUUGUCCUCCAAUCAUUCAUAGAGAUAUAAAGUCGAGUAACAUUUUGCUUGACGGGGAUUAUGAGUCGAAAAUCGCGGAUUUUGGAGUUGCAAAAGUUGUAGACAAGGGAUAUGAAUGGAGCUGUGUUGCAGGGACUCAUGGCUAUAUGGCUCCGGAGCUGGCUUAUUCCUUGAAAGCGACAGAGAAGAGUGAUGUCUACAGCUUCGGUGUUGUUCUUCUAGAGCUAGCGACCGGUCUUCGGCCAGUGGAAGAGGGGUUCGGAGAGGGCAAAGACAUUGUUGACUAUGUCUUGUUUAAAAUUCAACAAGAUGGGAGGAACCUUAGAAACGUCUUGGAUAAGCAUGUUCUGUCGUCUUACGUAGAAGAAAGUAUGAUUAAGGUUCUGAAAAUGGGACUUCUCUGCACUGCAAAGCUCCCUAGUCUCAGACCAAACAUGAGAGAGGUCGUGAGGAAACUUGAAGACGCUGAUCCAUGCGUCUCCAACAUCUAGACAGAACCGGAAAGAUUACAGUAUAGGUUUAUCGAGUCAAUAGACUAGUCACAAAAGCUUCUCUGUAUUCUAAACUCGAGUAAAAUAAAUACAGCUUAUGAUCUAAA